GACAAAAUUUACUGAGAUCAUUGAAAGAAUGUGGAGUAAAAUAUAUUUAUUCUCAAUAUAUACGAUUUUGUAUGGAAUAGUGCAAUAUAAUGUGACACAUGCUAAAAGGAUAUUAGUAAUAACAAAUUUUCCGUCAUACAGCCAUCAAAUAGUUUAUCGUAAUUUAUGCUUAGAAUUAAAUAAACAAGGUCACGAGAUUGUGUCUGUCACUACAGAUCCUAUAAAAAACUCUUCUUUAACAAAUUAUAGAGAAAUUGAUUUAAAAUAUUUUUAUAAAGGUUUUCUUGAAUAUAAAAAAAUGCCAUUUAAAAAUUUAAUGGAAGCAGUUGUGCAGUUAAAUCUUCUAGAUCUAGAAGAAAGUAUUGCGUGGACUGCGGCUCACAUCCUAAAUCGCGAACUUUUCAAAAAUCCAGAAAUGAAGAAAUUAUAUGCAAUUGAUAGCAAUGAACACUUUGAUGCAGUUAUUGUAGAGCAAGGCCCCACACAAAUUUCAUUGAACGCUUUCGCAUAUAGAUUCAAUGCUCCUCUUAUCGGUAUUUCAAGUUUGGAUGUAUUCAAUCAUAUGCGCUAUACGUUUGGAUCCUUGAUUCUCCCAUCGCAUAUUUCUAAUUGGCAAAUCAAUACAUUACCGGAAAGCAAUAUGUCAUUUUGGAGAAGACUCGUUAACUUUUAUGAAGUGUGGAAACAGAUGUAUAAGUGGGCGAACGUACAUAUCCCUAUAGAGGAUGCGAUUGUAAAGGAGUAUUUAGGAGAAGAUCUGCCGCAUAUCGUUGAUAUAACGAGAAAUAUGAGUAUAUACUUGGUGAACAAACAUCCAGUGCUCUCUUAUGACAGGCCUGAACAACGGAACGUCAUAUUUUUCCAUGGUUUUCAUAUCGCAAAAGUACCGCCUGCUCUACCAAAAGAUUUAAAACAGUUUCUUGACGAUUCGACCAAGGGAUUUAUUUAUGUCAGUCUUGGAACUAACGUUAAAUGGGAACAUUUACCAAAUAAUACAUUUGAAUUCUUCCUCGAAGUAUUUUCUGCACUGCCAUACAAAGUUGUUUGGAAAUAUGACCCUGAUUUAUUACCUGGCAAAUUUGAAAACAUACUAGCAUCGAAAUGGUUUCCCCAACAAAGUAUUCUUGCUCAUCGAAAUAUCAAGCUAUUUAUUUAUCAAGGCGGCAUGCAAAGUACCGAAGAAACUGUCUAUUAUGGAGUUCCUAUCAUAGGAUUUCCCAUAUUUUGGGAUCAGAUGUAUAACGUGCAAUAUAUGACAAAAUUAGGUAUUGGAGUUCACCUUCAUAGUAACAAUAUUUCGAAAGAAAGCAUCGAGACAGCUGUACACGAAGUUAUAAAUAAUAAGAGAUACAAAGAUCGGAUAAAAUAUGUGAGUAAACUUUAUAACGAUGUACCGUAUGAUAGUCUUCAAAAUACGGUAAGGUGGAUCGAGUUCGUGAUACGACAGAAUGGAACACUUUUCUUGCGAAAUAGUCUUUCCGACGAGACAUGGUAUCAACGAUACGACUGGGACAUCAUCGGAUUCCUCGCUAUACUAAUAUUUAUAGCAUCCCUUCUUAUUCUAUGGACGUUAUUUCAGAUUUUACGAUUUCAUUUACGAAUGUUAUCGAAUUCAUUGCGACAAUAUGAAAGCGCCCUCAUUCGAGCUCUGAACAGUGACAAAAUGUAUAAGGUUAUUUGUAGAAUAUGUGUUAUUUUAUCUCUAUGGCUGCUGCUGACAAAUAACAUUGCGAAUGCUGAAAGGAUUCUUGUGAUCACGUUUGCACCAUUUUACAGUCAUCAAAUAGUUUACCGGUCGUUAUGUUUAGCUUUAAAUAAACGAGGACACGAAAUAGUCAUAGUAACUCCACGUCCGAUGAAAGAUCCGACAUUAAAAAAUUAUACAGAAAUCGAUGUGUCGAUUGUAAAUCCCACUGUUGAAGAGUAUAAAAACCAACAAUCGCAAAUGUCACCGAGCGAAUUGUACAAAUACAGCUUCGACUUAAUAAACAUAAUGAGCGAUGCCAUAUUUAAUGUACCAAAAUUUAAGGAGCUUUAUAAAGAGGAUAGUAAUGAAAAGUUUGAUGCGGUUAUGGUAGAAGCAAUAGCCGGUCUAUCGACAUGUACUAUGGCAUAUAGAUUUAAUGCUCCUCUCAUAGGAGUUAUGUCUUUGGGCAUACAUAAUCACCAACGAUAUGUUUUUGGUAGUCCUAUUCUUCCAUCACAUUCUUCAAAUUGGGAAGUUAAUGCGUUACUUGGGGAAAAUCCAUCGAUUUGGCAAAGACUGCGAAACUUUAUCGAGGUAUGGUCUCUUAUUUAUUAUUGGACUAGUAAUUUCAUAACUACUGAGCAGGAGACGGCUAAAAAAUAUCUCGGACAUGACAUACCACAAGUUAUUGAUGUAAUGAAAAACAUGAGUGUGUUAUUAGUUAAUGAAAAUCCAGUAAAUGUAUACCCUAGACCUGAACAAACAAAUGCAAUAUUUUUUAGUGGAUUGCAUAUACAAAAAACGCUAUCACGUCUGCCAAAAGAUUUAGAACAAUUUCUAAAUAAUGCAACGGAGGGAUUUAUUUAUGUGAGCUUUGGAACUACUAUCGUCUGCCGCAGUUUACAAAACGAAAUGCUAGAAAAUUUUAUUGAAGUAUUUUCGAAAUUACCUUAUAAAAUAGUCUGGAAAUUUGAUUGCGAUAAAUUGUCAAAAAAGUCCGAUAAUGUAUUUAUAUCGAGCUGGUUUCCGCAGCAAAGUGUACUCGCUCAUCCGAACAUCAAGCUAUUUAUUUAUCAAGGCGGACUUCAGAGUACCGAAGAAGCUGUUUAUUACGCAGUACCAGUAUUGGGACUUUCUGUUGUGUCCGAACAGGAAAUUCGAAUUAAACGAUUGGUUUCAUCAGGUGCAGCAAUAUAUCUCCCAUUAAAUAAAAUAACCAAAGAAUGUUUCCAUACAGCCAUUCAUCAAAUUCUAAAUGAUAAAAGUUACAAAGAGAAGAUGACGUAUCUAAGUUAUCUCUUCAAAGAUCAACCUUAUGACACCAUGGAAAAUGCACUGUGGUGGAUAGAAUUCGUGAUGCGUCACAAAGAAGUAAAUAUUCUCCGAUUUAGUGAAAGCGAUAAUCCAUGGUAUCAACGUUACGACAUAGAUAUUAUUGCUCUACUUUCCGUAAUAUUAUUUAUGUUGACAUGUAUAAUAGUAUUAAUUAUCUUCAAGAUUUUAAAUUUCAUUUUAAACAGAAUUGCAUUCUAA